AUACAUUUUUUUUUCCUUGUGCUAGAAAAUAUGAAUGAAAUCUUAAUGUUUUAAAUUUUUUUGUUGUGGAUGUGGGAAAAUUGAUGAUUGAUUCAUUAUCACAUGCUUGUGCGUGCUAGAUCUUGAACCCAAAAUUUUUGUUGCCACUCUUCAUUCAAAUUACUAAUAUUGUUGUUAUUAUUUAUGGAAUAUAUUAAAUCCAAUUGUUGAGCAUUGUGUUUAUUCUGUAUUUGGAGCUAACGUUGAUGAUGGAGGGAUUCAUCUUAUUCUUUCCAAAGUCAAGCACAAGGACAUUGAAAGCUAAUUGCAAGUGAAAAGGCAUCUGUGUUUUCUGAUGGAGGUGAACUAAUGGCUGCCGUUGCAAGUCUGCAGUUAGUGGUGUAUCUCAUAAAUCCUCCUAAAUUAUGUUCAAGAAGGAAGUGAAGACACAACAUUUACAGGUUGCAUUUAGGACGAAAUUAUUUCACCUGAAUAUGAACAAUAGUGGAAGUAUUUUCCUAGACAUCCUUGAAGAGCAAGAGAAAUCUGCUCUUACCUUCUCUAAGAUGCAAGCCAAAUUGGCAACAACCUCUCGAAUCUCGGUCAGAUAUAUGACAGAAAAGAUCAUUCAACAAAAAUAUUGUUAUAUGCCAGCAAGAAAGGACGCUGCUGCAAGGGUUGUAGAAGAAAAAUGAGGCGGUCAGGCUUCAAGUUCACAUGAUACAACUAUGACUGAAAACGCUGGCAUUAUGUCUGAUGGAGCUAAUACAGGCGAUUUGAUGGCAGGUCUCAUGCUUGUUACUGGUUGUCCCGAGGUUGAAUCUGUGGUGAGAAACAUGAUGUCGUUUAUGAUCGUACAUGAAUUAGAUGAUGUGGUUUUCUGCAGUGAAGGAAAGAUGUGUUUGGUUUCAUUAGAGUUUAUGCCUGCUCGAGUCUAAAAGAAGAUGGUGUUACUGAGAUUUCAAGGGUGUUAGAACUGUUGAUUUGAUGAAUAUGAGAUGGACACAGUACUGUUACUUUGUGUGAUUUAGAGUCUGCAGUGAGUAAGCUAAUAACGAAAUGAAGAAGUUAUGUGUAUUGUUGCUGGCUGAGCAAUUACAGUGUAUGGAUGAGUUGCAGCUGGCUAUGAAGCAAUUGCAGGUGAUGCUAUGGGAAAUUUGGAAGAAUGGGUUUGCUUCUAUGUUGUAAUACAAGGAAAUUGUGCAGCUGAGUAACUGAUGGCAUAACUCUGAAGUGGUAAUCUGGUGAAUGAAUAUGAAAUGCCGAUGAAAUUGCAAAGAUGAAAUCUGAAAUGUGUGAUGUUGGUGGUACUAAGGAGCAGGAAUUUAUGUUGUUGUUGGAUGGAUAGUGUCGCUGCAAAGAAGUGCAGCUAAGAUUGGAAAGCUACAGAAACGGAUAAAAAAUUUGAGUUGAAUGGUUGAAGUGUUGUAGGUGUUUGCACCGGCAGGGUUAAGAGUGCUUGAGCAUUGGAGCUAGUGUUG